AUGGAACUCGUUGAUUUGCCAAUUGAAAUCCUUGCUAGAAUACUUCCAUUUAGAGAAAAUUUUAUGUCCAAACCUCAAAAUGCCUUAAUUCGAUGGCUCAAAUUGCUCCCACAAAGGCAGCUGUUCGACUUGAUUGCUGGAUGUGAUUUUGGAAUUUUAAAUGAUGUAUUGUAUGGACCAGAAUUUUGGUUGCGUUUACCAAUAAAGACUCAGUAUUUCGUGAUAAAAAUUGGCGAACCAUUGCCGAGUCGAGCACGAGAGGUGUUGCAUAAACUUUGGUGGUUGUUCAAUUGA